CCCUCUCAGAGGCAGGCCCAGCGCCCUGCCUCCUGGCCCUCCCUGCCAGCUCCCCAGGGCUUGCAGCCCAGACACCGGCUCAACAGCCAGGAGCACGGCCUCACCCAGCCUUCCUGGCUCUCAUCCUGCCCGCCGAGGGCAGUAGCUUCUCCAGGAUCUGGGCUGCUGGGGGGCCGGUCCUCCUUGCCUCACCUGGCCACCUUGGGAGGCUGGCCUGUCCACUCCUCUCUGUGUCUGGCUUCCCCGCGCGGCACUCCACAGUGUUUGGGAUUAAGCUCCCCCUCCUGCCUCCUGAAGAGCAGCCAUGGCCACCUACAAAGUCAAGGUGGCCACUGGUGACGACUUCUUGUCAGGGACAAUGGACUCCAUCUCACUGACCAUUGUGGGGACCGAAGGGGAGAGCCAUAAGCAGCGGCUGAACCACUUUGGGAGAGACUUUGCAACUGGGGCGGUGGAUGAGUACACUGUGCAGUGCCAGCAGGACCUGGGGGAGCUCAUCAUCAUCCGCCUGCACAAGGAGCGCUACUCCUUCUUUCCUAAGAACCCCUGGUACUGUAACUAUGUGCAGAUCUGUGCACCCAACGGCCGCAUCUACCACUUCCCCGCCUACCAGUGGAUGGAUGGCUACGAGACCCUGGCUCUGCGGGAGGCUACAGGAAAGACGACAGCAGACGACUGCCUCCCAAUCCUUCUGGAGCACCGCAGGGAGGAGAUCCGAGCCAAGCAGGACUUCUACCGCUGGAGGGUCUUCGUGCCCGGCCUGCCCAACUACGUGCACAUCCCCAGUUACCGCCCUCCUGUCCGGAGAAACCCCAACCGGCCUGAGUGGAAUGGCUAUAUCCCCGGAUUCCCGAUUCUCAUCAACUUCAAGGCCACCAGGUUCCUGGACUUAAAUCUGCGCUACUCCUUCAUCAAGACAGCCUCCUUCUUUUUUCGCCUGGCGCCCAUGGCGCUGAAGUUCAAAAUCCGAGGCUUCGUGGACAGCAAACGGUCGUGGAAGAGACUGAAGGACAUUAAGAGAGUUUUCCCUGCCUACAAGACUAUCAUCUCCGAAUACGUGGCCGAGCACUGGGCAGAGGACAGCUUCUUUGGGUACCAGUACCUCAACGGCAUCAACCCCAGCGUGAUCCGCCGCUGCACGCAGAUUCCAGACAAGUUCCCCGUCACAGACGACAUGGUGGCCCCGUUCCUGGGCGAAGGAACGUGCCUGCAAGCAGAGCUGGAGAAGGGGAACAUUUACCUGGCCGACUACAGGAUCCUGGAGGGCAUCCCCACCGUGGAGCUCAACGGCCAGAAGCAGCACCAGUGCGCCCCCCUCUGCCUGCUGCACUUUAACGCGGAAGGGAACUUGAUGCCCAUCGCCAUCCAGCUCAGCCAGACCCCUGGGCCCAACUGCCCCAUCUUCCUGCCCAACGACUGUGAGUGGGACUGGCUGCUGGCCAAGACGUGGGUGCGCAACGCUGAGUUCUACUACCAUGAGGCCAUCGCCCACCUGCUGGGGUCCCACCUCAUCGGCGAGGCCUUCUGCCUGGCCGUGCUGAGGCAGCUGCCCAUGUGCCACCCCCUCUACAAGCUCCUGGUCCCCCACACCCGAUACACCAUCCAGAUCAACAGCAUUGGACGGGCCAUCCUCCUCAAUGAGGGGGGGCUCACCGCCAGGGCCACGUCCCUGGGCCUGAAGGGCAUUGCUGAGUUGAUGGCCCGGUACCUGGCGGAGAUAACCUAUGAGAGCUGCUACCCCCCCAAUGACUUUGUGGAGCGCGGCGUGCAGGACCUGCCGGGAUAUUAUUAUCGUGAUGACUGCCUGGCAGUGUGGGACGCCCUGGAGAGGUAUGUGACAGAGAUCAUCACCUACUAUUACCCGUGUGACGCAGCUGUGGAGGGUGACCCGGAAUUGCAGUGCUGGGUGCAGGAGAUAUUCAAGGAGUGCCUACUAGGGCGUGAGAGCUCAGGUAUGGGCCGGGCACCCGGGCAUCCGGCAGGGGUCCAGGGUGGUGGAGUGGGCCCUCCUGGCUGGGCUGGAGCAUGUCUCACUGGGGAGCGAGCUGAGAUCCUGCCGGAUGGGGAGGGUAGCUAUGCGAUGGCAGGUGAGCCGGACGACAGGCGGCCCCUGGGUUACUUCCCUGACAUCCACUUCGUGGAGGACGUCCCGCGGCGGAGCAUCGAGACCUUCCGCCAGCGCCUGGCCCAGAUCUCGCACAACAUCCGCCAGCGCAACAAGUGCCUGCCCAUCCCCUACUACUACCUGGACCCCGUGCUGAUCGAGAACAGCAUCUCCAUCUAGGACCGCCCUCCCCUCGCCUCUCCCCGCCCCGCGCCCGGCUAUUUAAGAAAAUACAGACAACAUAAAACA